AUGAUACAGAGAAUCAAGAGUGGGCUUAAAAGGCUGGCAUACGCCGUCAAGGACAGAAUUCGACAAGAAGUGCAUACGGUUGUCGAGUUGUUGAAGAAACGUGUCAGCGAGGUUAAAAUGAAGUUGGAAGGUAUUACUGCCAGUCUGGAGAAAUAUGUCAAGGAACUGGGGACGUGGAUGGAUGAGGCGAAAGAGUAUAUUAAUGCAGUGAAAAAGUAUGUUGAAGAGAUAAUGAAGCAACUUGAUGGGGAGAAUAGAAAGAAGAUUGACAAGGCCGCCGCGGACAUUGAUAGUGUGCUUAGUGAGAAAGUUGGGGAGUUGAAUAAGUGGAUUGAGACUGCUGAAGAUAUUCGCCAGAAAGCUGAGAGCACGGCAAAGGAAGCGUACGAUAAGUUGCAAGUUCAUGAGGAGCUUAGCAAGAAUGUUAAGAAGAUUGUGGAUGCUAAAAAUAAGAUAGACGAAGUUAGCAAGCAUGUUACCGGCCAGCUUGGGAGUCUGCAGCAGUGGAAUGAGAAGGCUAAGGGUGUGGUUGACGGGGCUAUAAAAAAGGCGCAGGAAGUUCAUGAUGAAUUGCAAAGUGCUGUCGUCCAGAAAGUUGAAGGAAUUGGUCAAGAUAGUAAUGCAAUUAAAGCUGCGAGUGAGAAUCUCGGAAAGGAAGUUGAGGAUUUGGGGAAGUGGAAAAAUGCCGUCAGUAAUGUCAUCGUCAAGGCAGACAAGAAGUGUGAUGAGAUACUCAAGAAAGUUAAAACAUCAAAUGACGGCACUAUUUUCACGCAAGCUAAAGAGUUACAAGACAAGGGCAAGCAACUUUUGACUGCCGCUAGUGAGGCUAAGCAGAAAGUUGAGCAGAGAAUCAAGGAUGCGUUGGAGGCUGUAAAGGCCAUGGACGCAGAUCUCAAGAGGGAUUUAAAGGAGGUAAAGGAUAAGAUCAAGGAAGGGAUUAAAGAUGUGAUGAGUGAGUUGAAGGUGGGUGAUUUGGGUAAAGAGGUCGAAAAGGAUUUGAAGGAGUUGAGGGAGAGGAUUGAGGGGCUUAACAAAGGUGAUAAUCUUGUUAAUGAUAAAGUGAAGGUGCUUAAAGAGGAGCAUGAAAAGGUGAAGGAAAAGAGUAGUCAAAUUAAGGAGCAGACGGAGAAAAGGCUUGAUAGUAAUUUUGAGAGUGCAAUCAAGACGCCGCUUGAAAAAAACGUCCAAGCAGUUAAAGAUGCCAUUGGGAAGCUUUACAAAACAAUUAAUCCGGACGGCGGCGAUGCAGGAGGCAAGAAGAUUAAUGACAUCAUCGACCAUAUUAAAGAUAAAGUUGGUAACAUCCUGAAUGGCGAAAGGUCGGCAGAAAAGAAAGGUUUGCAGGGUAUUGCGAACGGUUUGAUGGAGAGCUAUGCUGGUGCGUUCAGGCGCAAUUUCGGCGGUAUAGUUCAGGGGUGGGUUAGUGACAGUGUUUUAAUGUAUAAUGGCGUGGUAUGGGAUAGUCUUAAGUGGCAGGGUGAUAAGACGCCCAAAGAUGUUGCCGGAAUCGCUGGCGGAGUGAAGAGUAAGCUUACCGUAGAAAUAAAAGAAGGCGAAAAGGUUUUUCAAAAUAGCCGAUCCACCGACGCCGGCAGGAAAAUAACACAAACCCUCACAGAGGUCAUGAACGCUUGCCAGAAGUUUGCCGAUGCGCUGGAUGGUAAAAUACAUCGUAAUACACGUGGAAAUGUAUCUCCCAUUAUUUCUAAAGUUGAAGGUGUGUCGGAGUUGAAGCCCGCCCGUGGCCGAAACUCCCUAAAGCCUGCCGAAGCCGUCCUAUGCGCACUAUCCACCGCAUCUCGGCAGGUUAGCAAAGAGAUUGAUUCCAUCCUACUUGACAAAUCAAGGAAGAAUUAG